AGCCCCACCCACCCUGGGCGGCCCCAGCUUGCAGCCCUCACACCUCCUCAAAGGAGGCAGGAGACAGAGUCCCACAGGACCAGAGACGUGGAGUCCCACAGGACCAGCUCAUUAAGCAGGAGUCUCGCGUGGCGGAGCCAUUCCCAGCUACUUCAUCGAUUGAUCGAUUGAUCGAUCGAUCGUGGAGUCGUGUGCCCCCUCCUCCUGCUGCCACAGCUGCUAGAGCUACUGGAGCUACAGCUGCCCCUGUGGGUCAGAGACCGAGGCCAGAGGCCCCACCCUGCAGCCAGUCCCUCCUUUCUCCGUGUCUGCAAGGUCUUUGGCCAGAGGAAACGCCUUGCAUCGGCUGCAGGAUGGGCAGCUGCGGAAGGAAGGUCCUCUGGGCUCUCUGUCUCCUGCAGCUGCUGGGAGCUGGCUCUGCCGCUGACAUCUGGAAGCGUGCCCUGCGGGACAGGCUGCCAGAGAGGUCCCGAGUGGAGGAGGCGAACAUCGCUGGCCCCCAGCAGCCUCGUGCUGACCGCUGCCCACCGCCCCCAAGGACGCUGCCCCCUGGAGCCUGCCAGGCUGUGCGCUGCCAGGCCGACUCCCAGUGCCCACAACAUUGGCGCUGCUGCUACAAUGGCUGUGCCUACUCCUGCCUGGAGGCCGUGCCACCUCCGCCAGUUCUAGACUGGCUGGUUCAGCCGAAGCCGAGGUGGCUGGGAGGCAACGGCUGGCUCCUGGAUGGCCCCGAAGAGGUGCUACAAGCAGAGGCCUGCAGCACCACCGAGGACGGUGCCGAGCCACUGCUCUGUCCCUCUGGCUACGAGUGCCACAUCCUGAGCCCAGGGGACGUGGCCAAGGGCAUCCCCAACCGCGGGCAGUGCGUCAAGCAGCGCCGGCACGCAGAUGGGCGGUUCCUGCGACACAAAUUUCAUAAAGAAUACCCAGAUGGUGACUCCAAGUAUGUGGCAGAACCUGGCAAGGAACAACAGAGGCCCUUCCAGUAAAGCAGCAGGCAGUCGGAGCGGGAGCACUCCUCCACUUCCUGCUAAGCCUCGGGAGGAGCAGGGAGGCAGCUGGACCCCAAAGGCGUGCUCCGCCUGCAGAGCAAGACCCCGAGUCCCUGGAGACAGGGCCCCUGGCUCCUGAGCCCAGCUUGGCCCGCCACGGUCUGAGGAGGCGCUGACCAGCUCUGGGCCCUGCUUCCCACCCAGCCCCUGAGCCACAGCGCCACCAUCUGCCCGCUGGGAAGAAAGCACCGCCCGAGCGCGGUGAAGGCCUCUUUCCCUGUCGGAGUUCAGCAUCCUGGCGUGUCUGCUCAUUACUCCCGGGUCUGGCUCUGGGAGGCAGCGCCCAUCCCAGAGGUUCUCCGAAUAGAUUUGCCCAUCUUAGAAUGGCACUGAACUACA